CGGUGGAAGAUAGGAAACUAUUCAUUGGGAUGAUCUCAAAGAAGUGCAAUGAAAAUGAUAUCAGAGUGAUGUUUUCCUCUUUUGGUCAAAUUGAAGAAUGCAGAAUUCUACGGGGUCCUGAUGGCUUAAGCCGAGGUUGUGCUUUUGUGACUUUUACCACAAGAGCAAUGGCACAAACAGCAAUCAAAGCAAUGCAUCAAGCACAGACAAUGGAGGGAUGUUCUUCUCCCAUCGUAGUGAAAUUUGCAGAUACUCAGAAAGAUAAAGAACAGAAACGAAUCGCACAACAACUCCAGCAACAGAUGCAACAGAUUAGCGCUGCCUCUGUUUGGGGAAAUUUGGCUGGACUGAACACACUUGGACCCCAGUACUUGGCACUCCUUCAGCAGACAGCAGCUGCUUCUUCUGGGAAUUUGAACACACUGGGCAACCUUCACCCAAUGGGAGGGUUGAAUGCAAUGCAAUUGCAGAAUCUAGCUGCAUUAGCAGCCGCAGCUAGCGCAGCUCAGAAUACCCCAAGUGGAACAACUGCACUCAACUCUUCCAAUAGUCCAUUAAGUGUUCUCACCAGUUCAG